AUUCGACAAAGACACGUGGCAGUUGAAGCUGACUGCCUUGAAUAGCAGGUGAAAGUAUCCCGCUUUUCGCCAACGAACAACAACUGAAAAAGGAUUUCCCAUAGUAUUAGAGAUGCGAAAAAUGCUUCAGUGAUUUGCUAGGGGUUUUUAUCCAAAGAGAAAGGGUAAACAAAAAAUGGCGAGAAAUGGAGAUCCAGAUGGCAGCGAGGGAGUACUUCCGCGAGCGUCUUCGAACGGGAGAGUAAGAACUGGACGCGACCCCUUCUUGAUGGUGUGCAGAUGCUUUAGCCUUAUAACCGCUCUAACUGCGAUUCUCUGCAUUGCCGUCAACGUUCUCUCUGCUGUUCGCUCUUUCAAGAACGGAUCCGAUGUUUUUGAUGGGAUUUUCCGGUGUUAUGCGGUUGUAAUUGCCUUCUUUGUGGUUAUAGCGGAGACUGAAUGGGGCUUCAUAAUCAAGUUCUGGAAGGUUUUGGAGUUUUGGGCUGGUAGGGGUAUGCUGCAAAUCUUGUAUGUCUUAUAUUGCAUGAUGACAAGAGCUUUCCCUGAUUAUUCCGAAAGCCAAAAGGAUCUUGUUCUUCUUCAGAACAUAGCAAGCUAUAUGCUCCUUGCGUGUGGUUUAGUCUACGUUAUUUCCGGACUCUUAUGCAUUGGCUUUCUCAAACGCUCGCGCCAGCAGAAAGAAAUUACAAGGGAACAAGCAGUUAAGGAUCUGGAGGACUUGGAGCGGCGUAGAGAAGAACUUGAACAAUUGCUCUUGGCAGAUAGGGUUUGAGAGAAUUAGUGUGAUUAGCCCAAGGGGCACUUUUUGUUCAAGUUGCCAGAGACAAGGGGCCUGAAACCGAGAACAGUUCAACUUUAUGAUGUUUAUACUCUUCUCUUGUCUGAUGUUUUCUCUCUGUUUUGCUUUUUUGAAGUUGGAUGGUAAGCAACAGCAUAUUUCGUGUAAAGUUGUGUAGUUCAUGUCAAAAAGCAAUUCUUAAUUCUUUUAGAUUGCUAUAUCAAGUAAUUUGCUAUCAUUUCUAAUUCAGUAGCCUUAUUUUGUCUGGCUUAUAUGUUUGUUCUUUGUUUGCUGAUAUUGACAUUGUAUGUUAAAAAUAAUAUCUGAUGCUUUCAUAUGCAUUUUGGGCUGAUGGGUGAGAAUAGCAUUGCUGGAAGGCUGGUAAAUCAAUCAAACUAAAAUUGCAGAAUGUGAACGUAAAUGUGUUUCCAAUUUACUGCUUCCCAGUUAAUUAAAACAUGUUGCAAUGCUGGUUCAAUCACUUUUCCGGCCAAAGAUCUUGAAACCAUUGAGGCAAAUGACAAUGCAACCGAUGCCGCCAGGUAGAGGA